AUGAAUUAUAAAGAACAACUACUUAAUAUUUUUAAUGAGAUUGAACAAUUGUAUGGUUAUGAAGCAGUUGAAAAUUUAAAAGAAUAUGAAAAUGUUUUAAAUAAUUUAAUUAAAGAAUUAUUAAUAUUAUUACAAUUAGAUCAAAUUUCUUUAAAAUUAAUAAUUAAAACAAAUAUUGAAACAAUUGGGACUUUUUCAGUUUGGUGUCAUGGGAAUAUUAAUGAUGAUCCGAUAUCUAUAGAACAUAUCACUCAAUAUUUAAAAUCUUCAUUCAUUAACGAUUCAACUUUACAUCAUAUUUAUCAUUAUUUAAUUGAGAAUCCAAUAAAUCAUUAUGAAGAAGCAGCUCAGAAACUAUUAGAGAUUGUUGAAAAUUUAUUAGAAAUGCAAGAUUAUACUGAAAAUUAUGUUAUUGAUCAUUUAAACCACUGUCUUUUAUAUGAUUUGAAUUACUACAAAAGUAAUGAAAUGGAAAUUCCAGAAAAUAUUGAUCUAAUCCUCAAUCUUAUUAAUUCUCAUAUACGGAUAGACAAAAAUGAUUCAACUAUCAAAAAUGAAGUAGAGAUAUUACUCCCGUUGUCAUUGACUGUCAGUAAUUCGAAUUUUUCAAAAAUUUACAAGACAAUUUCUCAGUUAUUAAUAGUGAGACCAGAUUUACCAAUUACACAGUUAUCAAGGAUCAUUAUAAACUUAUUCAAAAAACACGAAGGAGUUAGCUUCUACGAUGCUGAGAGAAUUGAUAUCAACUUGGCAAGAUUGUUUCCAAGAUCAUUAAAAAAAAUUAAUCUCAAGUACCUUGGCGGACCAAAAGAAAGUAUGAUUCUACCACAACUUUCUCAAGUGGUAAAUGAUUUGAGUGCAUUAGAUUUUAUUAUUAAUCCAAACUUUAUACAAAUUUAUAAAACUUUCCUACGUUUUCGCAAAUUAUUUCCAGCAUUAAGUUGCAAAUAUGAUUAUGAAUAUUCUAAAAAAAUUGAAGAUUCAGUCUCAGACAUAAUUGAAUUGGAAGCUGGAGAGAAUUUCAAAAUAGCAAUUGAAGAAUUCAUACAAUUACAAUCGAUUUUUACCUCAAAUUCAUCUACACUUUUAAUGAGAUUAAGUUAUUUGGAAUUUAAAAAAGUACUGUCCAUGAAGAAAAACACUUUAGAAUUAUGGAUGCAUAAAAGUGAAGAAGUGCAAAAGUUGGAACUUGUGGAUUAUAAAUUACAGAAGUUACUGAGAUACCUAAAAAAAUGGAUUAAAAACGCUAAGCUAUACGAUGAGUUAAGUGGGAUUGCAAUUUUAGAGAGUGAAGAACGCUUGAAGAAAAGAGUAUUAAAAAAACUUAUGUGUGAUUUGAAUAAAACUCGAGAAAUGCUGGUACGUGCUGCUGCUCGUGAUCGACUGAAGUACAUCAAUAUUAUACAAAAUCGAUCACGUAUUAUUUCAGAUCAUUAUAUCGAGGUUCAGAAUCUGGAAAACAAGAAACUUAUAUUGAAUAUGUUGAAAAAAUGGAAGAGCAGAACGAAACUGGUUCUACAAAAUAAAGAUACAAUUUUAUAUAAGUGUGAUAAUUUUAUUAAAGCUCAUGAGUCUCGUCUUUUACUUGAUUAUUAUUUAUUAUGGGGUGAUAGAUUACAAGGCAAUUCAAAUGCUUUUGAUUUAAAUAAAAGAUUAUAUCAAUUUAUCCAACACAGGAAGCAAGUGCUUGUUCAAGUUUGUUUCAAUAGAUGGCUCAAUCUUCAAAGAAUGAACACCCAAUGCAACGAAAUUAUCAAACAAAGAGAAGAGAAACUUAGGUUAGCUGUUUUUAAAGUUUGGAAAAAUGAUUUACAACUGGAAAUGAAGGUUAAUUGGUUUUUACAAAAUAGAAUAAAUAAAAUAGCUUAUUCCACUUUGGUCAAAUGGAACCUUGAAACCAAAAGUAUGAUAAAAGUUCGUAAGAUGGAUCAGCAAGCGUUAAUGAAAACAUUUAUUAAGAAAUGGAUUAUGGAACAUAAAUUAGGAUUGUUGAAUGUCGAAAAGAAGAAAUUGGUGAUGAGAAAGUACUGCAAAAUUAUUUUAAAUCAAGCAAAAGCAGGUAACUUCAUUUCUUUAAGGAAUAAGGGAAUAGCAAAGAAUGUAAUGGAGCUCUUAGAGAACAAGUAUCAAGAUCUGAUCAUAAAACAGAAGCUGGCGUAUUCAACUUUUGACAUGAACAUAAAGAAAAAGUAUUUAAAUCAAUUGAUGAUGGUAAAACAAAAUAUUGAAGAACUGCAAAUUGAGGCUGAUAAUUUUUACAUUCAUAAAAUUUUUCAAAAUUGGCUAAAGAAAUUGCAUAUGUGGGACAGAGAAAUUGAUGGUUUAUCAUUUUCAGACAAAUUUUCAAUAAGAUUUAUGAUUCAGAUAUGGAAAAGAAAACUUGACAUUAUCAAGGAACAAAAACUUGAACAGUUUUUGGAAAACUUCAAGCAAAACGCAGAAUUAAAUUUAAAAUCAAAAUUCUUAAGCAUAGUCAGGACAAGAUAUUUUGAAACUCAGAUAAAAAUUGAUCAACUAAAUCAUAGACUAGAGUUAUUCAUACCAAGAGUUUCAUUUUUCUUUUCACAUUGGUAUGAAAAGACCAAGAAAGUAUAUGCAUUAGAAGAUCGUUUAUAUGAAAUAUCAGAUAAAUUGAUAGCAAAAUUAUAUGUUCAAUGGAGAAACAAACUUGACCUAGUGGAUGACUUGAACGAACAAGCUGAUGAUCAUUUUACUGAAAAAAACUUUGAUCUUUUAAGAAGCAAAGUCCAAAGUUGGAUAUUUCAAUUCAAUAAAAACAUCAAAAGACAUUAUCAAUUAUGCGAAUCGUUCCAAGAAAGGAAAAACAAUAGACUCAAGAGAACUGCUUUCCAUUUAUGGUCUCAAAAAUGUACAGAAAAACAACUUGAAGAAGAAGAGGAACUUCUAGCUGAUUCAACAUAUGUAAGUCAUUCAUCUCCACUUGCAAAAAGAACCUAUCAACAACAACGACAAAAAUAUAUUUUACCUCCAACACCAAAUAAACCACCAUCACCUAGAAAAAUUACCACACCAAAAUCAACAAAUGGUACAAGUCCCAUAAAAUUACAAGAAACUUCUUUGAGGAUCAGAGAUCAACAAAUAAAUAAUUUAAGAGAAAGAUUCAGUAGAGCUCGUGCAUCAUCUACUCCAAAAAAGAAAGAGAUUACCUUACCAAUGAAACUUGAUUAUACUGUUUCAUUAUCACCUCCAAAAUAUAAAAGUCCAGAACAAAUUAGUCCUGCAAGUAAUCUGUCAUUUGAUGAUCCGGAGAUCUCAUUAUUAUCUACAGCUAAAAGAAUGGGAAGAAUAAAACCAAUAAAAUUCCCAGUAAAUGAUGAGAAUGAAGUAAAAUUUUCACCACCAAAUAAGUUAAAAGUUAAUUAA